AUGACUUCGACCUACAUGCAUGUGUCAAACAAAUACGUCUUCCCACGUUUGAACGGUAUCACAGAACUUCUUGCACUUGAAGAUCCCGCACAGAUCAAUGACGCCGUCAAGAAACUAGCAGAUGACGCUCAAGUGGCAACGGCUGAUUUCAGAAAGGAACUGGAAGAUGAUUAUGUCAACCAACAAAUGCGAAUAAUAAAUCGUGUUGAUCAGAUUACGUGCUUAAUCAAUGUACUCAAGGAAGAUCCUGAUAUUAAGGAUGGAUUGGAUGAUGACGACGACGAUAUGGGUGUCGCUGACUUCAACUGA